GCUUGUACAAGAUCAUGGUGAUGUCUGUACUGUAGUGUUAAUUUUCACAAACGUGUACUAGUGCAGUAUUACUAGUGUUUUCAUACUACUAAUUGGCACCGAAAACAUGGGGCGGCGGUCGAUUAGCACCACGAAAAGUGGGAAGUUUAUGAACCCUACUGAUCAAGCUCGUAAGGAGGCCCGAAAAAAGGAACUGAAAAAGAACAAGAAACAGCGACAACUCGUACGAGCAGCCGUACUAAAGGGAAAAGAUCCGCAGCAGUUGAUAGUGGAGCUGGAAGCAAUUGAUCAAAUGGAAUUCGAUCCCAACAACCCUCCAUCAUUGAAUGAAAAGGUUUUGAAGGACAAAAGGAAGAAACUCAAGGAUACGUUCGACCGCGUCAUGCGACUCUAUGAAAAGGAAGAUCCAGAGAUGUAUGUGAUGAUGAGAAAGUGGGAAACGGACUACAACAAAAAGAGACAAGAACUGAUGAACUACUUUGAUGCUGUCAAGCAAGCACAGAGAGUUCAAUUAGAAGAAAUUCCACUGCCCGAUAUGCCAGGCAUGCCUAUGGUACCAGCACAGAUUCCUCUUCCACAAGACAUACCAUUGCCACAUGGAAUAUUGAAAAGGUCACUGCCAGGAUCCAUACCUGGUCCUCCCUCGGGACCGGUCCCACGACACGUUAUAGAGAAGGCGAAGAAGAGAUCGCCACCGGGGCCUCCCCCUGGCCAGCCUCCUGAACUCAGCGACUACUCCAGCGACGAGGAGAUGGAGGAUGAUGAUGAAGAGGAGGAGGAUGAAGAAGAGGAGUACAACCCUGCUGAAGAGUUUGAGAGGCUACUAGAGGAAAGGAAGCAGGCCUCAGCAAUACUACAGCGACAACAGGAGGAGAUGGGAGAUCUGAUGGAGACGGACACAGAGCGGACAGCAGGGGGUAAGAACCGAACGAUCAGGUUUGCAGACGAUCAAUCUUGGAAUCCUGAAGACGAGGAGAAAGACACGCGAGUGAAAUACAAGCCCGCCGUUAGCCCCCUGGUGGCCAAGAUGCUGAGAAUGGCGGGACAAGAAGUGCCCAUGAUCAGGGAGCCGGAGGAGGUGCCGCUGCCGGAGAAGCCAUUCCCGAGGAAGGUCGAGGAGCACAUACGGCCGCCGGGAACCGACGUCGGCGGCGGAGAGGAGGAGAGCGCGUUGUCAAAUAUGCCGAGUAGCGCACCCCAGGGGGCGCCGCCGGGACCUCCCCCGGGACUGACGGCAGGCAUGCCACCAGGCAUGUUUCCGACCAACCUGCGACCGCCGCCGCUGCGGCAGGGCGUACAAUCGACGCGCAUGCUGCCCCCCGGGCCGCCGCCUGGCCGACCCGCGGGCAUGCCGCCCGGGCCGCCACCAGGACUACCGCCCAAUGUGCGACCGCCCAACGUGCGACCCGAGGAGAACAAGUCAGCGACGAUUGAGGCAAAGCCUCAGAUCCGCAGCAGUGCCGUCGAUAUCACGCGCUUCAUGCCUACCUCUCUCAAGGUCAAGCGAGACACAAAGACCAAGCAGAAACAGCCAAAGCCAUCAGCUCUCGGAUGUGUGCUGCCGCUGUGUUAG